AUGGCUUCCAAAGCGCUGUCUUUACGGGAUCGGCAAAUCACCUCGCUCAAGAAGAUCCUCAACUUGAACGAGGACCAGAAAGAGGACGAAGAACCACAUACAAAUGGCGCUCCCACUGUCGCUGCGCCUUUAUUGUCGUCUAACGGAGAGCCCAUAUGGAAAGUUCUUGUGUUCGACGAUCUUGGGCGCGAUGUCAUCAGCAGUGUGUUGAGAGUGAGCGACCUUCGGUCGCUGGGCGUCACCAUGCACAUGCACAUCUCAGGCUCAAGACAUCCUAUACCAGACGUACCAGCCAUAUACCUACUCGAGCCCACCCCCAAAAACCUCGAAUCCAUAACGAAUGACCUGCAGAAAGGACUCUACUCACCGGCCUACGUCAACUUCACUUCGUCCAUACCGAGACCCUUGUUAGAGGACUUUGCCUCCCAGACAGCAACAGCGGGCACUUCGGAACACAUUGCGCAGCUCUACGACCAAUACCUCAACUUCAUUGUAGCCGAGCCAGACCUGUUUAGUCUGGGUAUGCAGAAAGAGAACACGUACUGGGCAUUGAAUAGCGCAAAAACACAGGACGAGGAACUGGAUCAUGUCGUCGAUAAGAUUGUUAGUGGACUGUUCAGUGUAGUCGUGACCAUGGGCGUAAUUCCCAUCAUCAGAUGCCCCAAGGGCGCAGCUGCCGAGAUGAUCGCUGCAAAGCUAGACAGGAAGCUGCGCGACCAUAUCCUUAACUCGAAAGAUAACCUCUUCUCCGCGAGUGCGCGUCCUGCGUCCUCGGCAGGCACGCCAGCCUCACGUCCCGUGCUGAUCAUCCUCGAUCGAAACGUGGAUCUCAACCCCAUGCUUUCUCAUUCUUGGACAUACCAGUCGUUAGUACACGAUGUCCUCGACAUGAAACUCAACCGUAUCACAAUCGAGACUCCGGUAGACGAGCAAAACCCUGCAAAGGGUGUUACGAAGAAGGCCUACGAUCUUACGGCAACCGACUUUUUCUGGGAAAAGAAUGCUGCGUUACCAUUCCCACAGGUCGCCGAGGACAUUGAUGCCGAAUUGACGCGGUACAAGGACGAUGCAGCAGACAUUACCAAGAAGACGGGCGCCUCGUCCAUAGAAGACCUUCAGAACGAUACAAGCGCCAGUGCCCACCAUCUGAAAGCGGCCAUUACGCUUCUCCCAGAGUUACGCGAGAGAAAAGCUGUCCUCGAUAUGCACAUGAACAUCCUGGCAGCUCUAUUGACAGGCAUCAAAAAUCGACAACUAGACGGCUACUUUGAGAUGGAAGAAAACGUUAUGAAGCAAACGAAAACACAAGUAUUAGAGACAAUUAAGGACGAAGCCAGAGGAAAUCAGCCCCUAGACAAGCUUCGUCUGUUCAUCAUAUGGUUUUUGAGUACGGAGCAAGAAGUAAGUCGGGCAGAUUGGACACAGUUCGAGGAAGCUCUGAAGGCCGCAGGCGCGGACACGACGUCGCUCGCAUAUAUCAGACAAGUUCGUGCGACGACAAAGAUGACGCAACUUACAACGAUCAACAACCCGUCACAGCCAGCAACACAGGCCGGCUCCGACCUUUUUGGUCGUUUCUCAACCCUUUCUACCCGCUUGACCGACCGAGUCAAGGAUGCGGGUGUGACAUUACCGGGUGGUUUCAACCUCGAUUCAUUGAGUGGCGCAUUGAAGAAUCUUAUUCCCGUGAAUCGUGACUUAACCAUCACCAAGAUCGUCGAGUCCGUUAUGGACCCACAAGCGGCAUCAAGUUCGGCACUGGCGAAGACAGAGGGUUAUAUGUUUUUCGAUCCUAGAAGCGCAAAUGCGCGAGGCACAAUGCCGGCACCCAGUGCUGUAAGAGCAGGCACAGCAAGCACGCCAGGAGGUUUACCUGGUACGCAGGGUCCUGGCAUGGGCGCAUCGUUCGGGCAGAGACGCCAGGGUUACUCCGACUCAAUUGUAUUCGUUGUAGGUGGUGGCAGCAUGGAUGAAUAUGGAAACCUGCAAGAGUGGAUCAACAGGACUAGUGGGGACAAAGGAAUCAAGAAGAGAGCUAUAUAUGGUGCUACGGAGAUCAUGAACGCUACAGAGUUUGUGCAAGGGCCACUCGAAAGCUUAGGUAGAGAGGUAGCGAGCUAA